GGUCGCGCCACAGCAGCGCGUGUGCCCUAGAGUGACCGUCGACGCCGCCGUCAGCAGCCGCCUCUCGGAGCAACGGAGUGACAGUGAUGCCCUCUGCCUGGUGGUGAACCACAAUGACGGAGGGACGUCCGAUCUGCCGGCAUGGAUGCUGAGAACAGGGUCGUCCUCAACGUAGGCGGCAUUCGGCAUGAAACCUACAAGGCCACGCUCAAAAAGAUCCCGGCCACCAGGCUUUCUAGGUUAACGGAAGCCUUAGCCAACUACGACCCCAUAUUAAAUGAAUACUUCUUUGAUCGCCAUCCCGGUGUCUUUGCGCAGGUGCUCAACUAUUAUCGUACUGGCAAGCUCCACUACCCGACCGAUGUCUGUGGGCCGCUGUUCGAGGAAGAGCUGGAGUUCUGGGGCCUGGAUUCCAACCAAGUGGAGCCCUGCUGCUGGAUGACGUACACCCAGCACCGCGACACGCAAGAGACGCUGGCUGUGCUGGACCGGCUCGACCUGGACACGGACAAGCCGAACGAGGAGGAGGUUGCGCGCAAGUUCGGCUUUGAGGAUGACUACUACAACGGCACCGUCUCCUGGUGGCAGAACACCAAGCCGAAGCUAUGGUCGCUCUUCGACGAGCCGUACUCGUCGCAGGCGGCCAAGAUCGUGGGCAUCGUCAGUGUGUUCUUCAUCUGCAUCUCGAUCGUGUCCUUCUGCCUGAAGACGCACCCCGAUAUGCGUGUGCCCUACAUAAAAAACAUCACGGUGCAAACAGCGUUCAACGGCACCGCCUGGACGCUGGACAAGUACCAAACCAGUCCGCACGACGCCUUCUUCUACAUCGAGUGCGUCUGCAACGCCUGGUUCACGUUCGAGAUCCUGGUGCGCUUCGUAGCGUCGCCGAACAAGAAGGCGUUCAUCACGUCCUCGGUCAACAUCAUCGACUACAUCGCCACGCUCAGCUUCUACAUCGACCUGAUCCUGCAGGAGUUUGCGGCCCAUGUGGAGAACGCCGAUAUUCUAGAGUUCUUUAGCAUUAUUCGUAUCAUGAGACUGUUCAAGUUGACGCGGCACUCGAGUGGACUGAAGAUUCUGAUGCAGACAUUUCGAGCGUCGGCCAAGGAGCUCACCCUUCUGGUGUUCUUCCUGGUGCUCGGCAUCGUCAUCUUCGCCUCGCUCGUCUACUACGCCGAGCGGAUACAAGUGAACCCGCACAAUAACUUCAAUUCGAUCCCACUCGGACUCUGGUGGGCGCUCGUUACGAUGACCACAGUUGGUUACGGCGACAUGGUGCCGAAGACCUAUGUGGGCAUGUUCGUCGGCACCCUUUGUGCCUUGGCCGGUGUACUGACGAUCGCUCUGCCAGUGCCGGUCAUCGUCUCCAACUUCGCCAUGUACUAUUCGCACACGCAGGCGCGCGCCAAGCUGCCCAAGAAGCGCCGCCGGGUGAUAGCUGUCGAGCAGGUGCGGCCCGUGGCGCGAAAGCCGGGCGGCAACGGACCCGGCGGCAACGGCGGCGCCAACCGCAUGGGAGCGCAGAAAAAUCCCAAGGAGAGCAUGGGCAUCGCUUCCAAUAAUACAACAAACGGGACUAAGGGCUUAGCUAACGUUGGACCAUGACUCCGAUAUUUCCAUAUCCUUCCUGCUACCAAAAACCUCGACCAUAACCUUCAACCAACGUCAUAGGCUCAGCAUUCACGCAUCUGCAUCCAAGUAAAGUACUAAGUGGUGUCAGUCAUAGAUGCUAUGUGUUAUUUCUGUUCUGGCAACUUAGAAAGCGUGCAAUUUCUGUCUUGUUUCAUUCACCGGCUUCAAUUGAGCAUCGCUUUGAUUUGCGCCCACCUCACAGACACCAUCUUCUCAAGCCUGUGGCGACCGUUCUCUUCAAGCUACUGAAAUUGCUUUCGUUAUCGUCACUUUAGACCCUUCCGUGCCAAGACACGACAGUACUCUCUCACUGUGACCCACCGAGCCGCUUCCAGCUGGCACUCACGCUAACGACAGCCAACACUGUUCACCUCCUAUAGCCUUCUGGUAUCGGCAAUAUGUAACCGUCUCUCUUUCCCAGUCGGCUAUCUCUUCUAGACCUGAUAGCUGUUUCCGACUUUCUGUCAGUGUGAAUAGAUGUCGCUUUAGAGAGCUUUCACAAAUCAUACAUAGAUGGCUCUGUGUACCAUAUAUGGCUUCCACGCUUGGGACACUAGCAUGCACAUACAACGGCGUGGGUUGACAUGGUUCGACGGUCGGUGACAUGCGUGCGCGAAAUCGGGCGAGGCACUGUAGCAGACAAGUAGCAAAAUAGUCAACUACGGCAUCAUCAUCACUAUAGUGACGGAGUUAGAGUAGCAACAUAGCUGUCAGCAGCAUUUUCCAUUGCAUCAUGAGGGGUAUGUGUAGCUGCGUGCCGAGUGCUGCGUCGUUGGUCACGACGCGUUGUGGUCUGUCAGCGCACGCGCUGCGUAGCUCGCGGCGAAUGCGCCACGUGCGCCAUCGUCUGAUCGCCGUCGCACAGUGCACCCGGUAAUGCCUGCCCGUCU